GUUUGUUCCCUUUUUUUUUUUUAAGUCAAGUUAUUCCACCAUGUCCAAACGUCAAGCUGAUCAAGAUGAGUAUCCUCAAACAAAAGCCGUGAUGGGUGGACAAAGUCGUCACCAACCUGAAGAAAUAAGUGCCAUGGGUGAAUUCGAAGAUGCUUGGGAAGACGAAAUCGAAGAAGAAUCUGGUGCUGAAGAAGACAUGGAAGAAGAAUCUAUGGAUCAAGACGGCAAUGAAGGCAUGGAAGUCGAUGAACCUACAGAAGAAGAACAGGAAAAGGAACUCAAGAUGUAUUUGCCUGGUCAAGCUUUAGAAGAAGGGGAAGUGUUGGAAGCUGAUCAAUCUGUUUAUAUCAUGUUGCAUAACUUGGAUGUCCGUUUACCGUUCUUGAGUUUCGAUGUAUUGAAUGACAGCUUGGGUGAUGAACGCAAAAACUUUCCUGCAACGGCAUAUGUAGCAGCUGGUACGUCUGUACCUGGUGUUCGUGAUAACGAAGUGGUGGUGAUGAAAUUAUCCAAUUUACAUAAAACGCAACAACUUGAUGAAGAUGAUGAAGAAGAUGAUCCACAAGCACUUGAUGAAGAUCCCGUUUUGGAACAUCGAGCUAUUCCUCAUAAUGGAUGUGUGAAUCGACUUCGAGUCAUGCCUCAAUCUGGAAAACACCUUGCAUCCACAUGGUCAGAAUCUGGCAAGGUAUAUAUUUAUGAUUUGGAUCCUUAUGUUACUAGUUUGGAUGUACCUGGAACCACCUUACCUAAACAAUACAAACCUUUGGCUAUCCACAAUCAUGGACGGGAAGAAGGUUAUGCAAUGGAUUGGUCUAGUUUGGAUGCAGGCAAAUUGUUAACUGGUGACAAUGCGGGGCUCAUUUAUCAUUCUACCAUCACUCCUCAUGGUGUCAUCAACACUGACUCGGUGGCUUUCCGUGAACACAAAUCCUCUGUAGAAGAUAUCCAAUGGUCUCCUACCGAACGUACAGUGUUUGCUUCUUGUUCAGCGGAUCAGACAGUCAAGAUCUGGGAUACUCGUACCAAGAAACGAUCAGCAGUUGGAAUUCGUGCCAGUCAAUCUGAUGUCAAUGUUAUUACUUGGAAUAAGAAGGCUGGUUAUUUAUUGGCUAGUGGUCAUGAUGAUGGAACAUUUAGUGUAUGGGAUCUUCGUACAUUCAAAAGUGGUGGUCAACCAAGUCCUGUGGCUUCAUUCAAAUGGCAUAAUGCUCCUGUUACAUCUAUCGAAUGGCAUCCUACAGAAGAAUCAGUAUUGGCAGUAUCAGGUGCAGAUGAUCAACUCUCAUUAUGGGAUUUAUCAGUAGAACCCGAUACAGAAGAAGAAGGUCGUCUGACAAGUGAUGGUGUAGAAGUUCCUCCUCAAUUGUUAUUUGUUCAUCAAGGUCAAAAUGAUAUCAAGGAACUUCAUUGGCAUAAACAAAUCCCUGGUUGUGUACUUAGUACAUCCAAUUCUGGCUUCAACAUUUUCAAAACCAUCUCAGUUUAGACUUUUUUUUAUAUUUACUUAUUAUAUAUAUAUAUAUUCAUCAUUCUAUUUUAUUUACUUCAUUUUCAUUUUACUUUAUUAUCUAUGAUCCCCAUUUAUCUUUUAUUCUUUUGUUUUGUAUAUUUUUUUUUUUUUUUCAAUUUUGUCCCCAAUGUAUUAUGUAAAACGAUUGAAUAAAUGAUAAAGUUAUCCAGGAACCUUAACUUAAUUCUUUUAUAUCUAUGAUACCAUCGAUCUCAGAUGAUGAUAUUUUUUUUUUUUUU